AUGGAUGCGUGCGCCGCCGUCUUCCAGAAGCUCACCGAGCGAGUGCCCAGCAACGUCCAACUCGGCCCUGUGCUCAAAUUCCGCACCACUCGCUUCAGCGAUCUCACGGUCGAAGCCAAUAGCACCACAUCGCAGGGCUUUGGUGGUCGUCUCAAGGUCUUCUUUCCCACCAAGAACAAUGCACCCAAUGUCACCGGUGCCGAGCUGCGCUACCUCGACAAGGACGGCCAGUUCGUCUCCAGCCAGAUCCUUAAUCUAGGUGCACCUCAUCCAUCCAAUGCCAACAUUGACAGUCCCUAUGGCAUCUUUUCGUGGAUUGCCUUCAACUUGAAUGUACCUGUCGGUCCCUCUGUUAGCUUGUACUGGGCCACCGCUACUCUCUCGAACGGCACCGUCGUCUACACCAACACGACCGCCGCUGAUCUGGCUAUCGCCAAGCAGCCCACCAACCCGGUUUACUCGUCGAUUUCCAUCAGCACUGCCCACAGCGGAUAUGGCGCCAACGGUGAUACCUACCAGCUUGGCGAAACCAGUCCCAGCCAUUUUGUCACCGUCGGCAUGACCACCGAUCUGCCCGAAAGCUUCAACGGCGCCAACCUGACCUUUACUAUCGCUCUGCGCUCGACCCAGUCCGUGUCAACCUAUGGUGUCGACACUGGUAUCUCGGUCUUCCGUCUCGGCCGCCUCGGAUACUCGUUCAGGAUUCCCAAUGGCGUUCCAGUCGGAACCUACCAAGUGACUGCUACGCUUGCGGGCUCUGCUGUUCGUAUCGGCGACGCUGCUGCCCAGAACAACCUGGUAGUCACCGACUCGACCGUUAUCACCGUCGUCAACCCUGCUAUCACCACCACUACCACCACUACCACCACCUCAGCUUCUCCCAGCAGCACCUCUGCCUCAAUUGUCCUUGGCGGUCCAUGCACCAAGGUCGCUUCCUAUGGCUGCGAUGUGAAUACUCCCACGAUGAUUCUCACUUGCGACAGCACCCUUCACUGGGCCUAUUCCAACACCUGCCCCAGCCCGACCAAGUGCGCGAUCAACGGCGGCUGGGUUGGCUGUCUUUGA